UUUUAAAGAGUAUGCCACGCCUCCUGAGAGAAGACGAGGAAUCCUGUUUGACCAGAGGAACUCACCUGACAACAAGGCAGCCCUGCUGCCUCUCAUUCUGCCGCAAACAACAGCACAGAGAGCAGCGUCGAUCCACCGCCGAAAAGAGCCUCUUCACCAUGGGGAGGGUCGUCAAAGAGACGGUGGGUCAGAUCAUCAGCUUCAUAGGCUUCGUCCUGGCUGCCGUGUGCAGUGGGAUUCCCAUGUGGAGGGUCACCUCCUACAUUGGGGCCAACAUCGUGACGGGACAGAUCGUGUGGGAUGGCUUGUGGAUGAACUGUGUGAUGCAGAGCACCGGCCAGAUGCAGUGUAAGCUGAACGAGUCGUUGAUGAGCCUGACGCCGGAUCUGCAGGCGGCCCGGGCUCUGGUCAUCGCCUGCCUCAUCUUCUCCUUCAUCGGCUUCGUCCUCUCGUUUGUUGGAGUCAAGUGCACCAGCUGCUUAGAAAAAGACGCUUCCAAAGCCAACACAGUGAUCAUUAGCGGCUGCCUCAUCAUCCUAUCGGCGGUUCUGAUCCUGGUUCCAGUGUGCUGGUCUGCGUCCGUCACCAUCACGGACUUCGUGAACCCUUUGACCGUUGCUACUCAGAAGAGAGAGCUGGGAUCUGCCAUCUACAUCGGCUGGGUCUCGUCUGUAUGUCUGCUUAUAGGAGGGAUCAUCUUCACCACUUCAUGCCCCCCUCAUAGUAACUACUACCAGAAGAAUCAAGGUGCACAAAUGUACCCGUAUGGUCCGUACAUGAACCGCUCCAUCUACCAGCCUGCGUACGCCCCUGCAUCCAGCAUGCCGUACUCCGCCUCAGGGACAUACGUACCAGUCAAGCCCAACGCCGCUCCGGCCAUGUACUCUCCUCGACAGUACAUCUAGAAGGAAGGACUUGCUCAAAAACUGCAUUCCUGCCACGACGGCAGCUUAAGACAGCUUGUGUUCUGGUUCCCACCAAUGACCGGAAUUCCAUCUGACUUUGAAAUGACAUUAGAUCUCUGUGAUUGCAGAGCCUGCAGAAAACUGGCCCUGUUUUCUUAUUUUGUCCAAAACUCUUAAAACAAUAUUGUGUCUUAUCAAAUGUGCGACCAGGAAAAAUAUGUGUAAUGCUUGGCUUUCAUAUUCCCAUGUUGUUUCCUUGAACACAGACCAUGUUGUGUAAGAAGUGCUGCUUUUCUGUCUGCAACAGACUGAUUUGAAUAUUUCACUGCCAAUAAAUGGAUGAUUGUGAGGAGUUUCCACUUUUGUGUGGAUUGAUUCAUAAAACGCAUCUGGAAGUACUAAAAAAAGGGGAAAAAAUCAUUUAUGUUGGUGAAGACUUUUUUAGCACGACUAGAGUAGAAACUGGUGUUUAGAUUUAAAGAAACCCCAUCUAUUUUGCUCAAAACAUAUAUAUAUAUAUAUAUAUAUAUAUAUAUAUAUAUAUAUAUAUAUAUAUAUAUAUAUAUUUAUACACAUACUUAGACCAGAGUAGGACAAACUCUUUUUGUCAUGUGUCAUUAUGAAUUAAACUCUAUUCAACAAUCA